AGAAACCCCAAAACAGAGUGGAAAACUACCUGGCAGGCCAUGUGUGGGAGUUUUGACAAGUACUGAGUCAGUGAAACAAUUGAAAACUGGAGUUUAUACAGAAACAGCUUCAGUAAAGUCCACAGGCACACAGGAUGCGGGUAUAUCACAAGUAUAUGCUAGCUGGAUUGCUAGGUUUCAACAUUGUAUGCUGCUCCUACAUUAUCAUCCAAAACAUCAAGUUGCCAGAAAACAACACUCCCAAGAGAUCCAGCAAAGGGAUCUUGAGCAUAAAUGGAGUUCCGAAUUCCACAAAUCAAUAUUAUGACGAUACCUCAAUCUGGAAUACAGUCCUUUCUCAUCCAUUGCCAAGAGAUUCUAAGGAUUCCACAAAGAGGAAUUUUGUGCGAAUGCGCAACAAUAUUAAAGAAUCUAUUCAAGAUAAUUUGACUACGGAAAAUAUGGAAAACGAAGUUAAUCCAGACAUUCGGUGGGGUUUCCCUGGAGAUGUGUAUAAAUUGCAAGAACGCUUACGAGGAAUAUUGUUUACAGAUAGGGUGCUUCACGUCGGGGUUGUUGGCAGCUCGGCAUCAGUACCGAAGACACUGAAUAACAGUACCUAUGCAGAAAUGUUUUCUAGCUGGCUGGGAAUGAUGAUGGAAAGCGAGGUUAAGGUACAUAACAUAGGAUUGAAAUCCGGGAAUAGCGAAUACUUCUCCUGGUGUCUGGAGUCGCAUCUCAAUGUCGGUAACAUGGAUAUUAUCCUGAUUGAAACGGCCGGCGUUGACUACGACCUGCAGGAAGUAUACAUCCGGAAUAACUAUGUCAAUGCAGGAAGGCCUCUAGAGGAGCUUACCAGGAAGGUGUUAUCAUCACCUGGAAGGCCCAUCCCAAUUUAUGUUAAUUUCCCGUCCAUGUCCGAUAUUCAAAGUAGAAAUUGCAUUAGUGCAGAGUAUUUUGCUCACAACUCACUAGCAAAAUAUUACAACAUCACAACGGUGAGUUGGAAUGAAGCUUUCUGUUCUAAGAUGUGGCGUAUUUAUAAUGUCAUUGAACCAGACACCGAGAGUUUCACACUUCGUGUACAUAAACAAAUAAUGCUCGUUCUUUUGAACAAUUUUAAGAAACUACUGACAAAAAUUUCAUUGGAGGAAAUACACAACACACAAUCAGGUUCUGAGUUUGUCAUCAGUUCGAAGCAUCUGUCUGAAAAUUUAAGCACCCAUUAUGGAAGUGUACAACACGUCGCGGCAACUCCACGGAAACCGAUGAACAGUGAUGUUUGGCUACGCGAACCAAGGUGCUGGCUGGCUUCAAAGCGACAACACGUACUGAAUCCAAUUGCUUCUCAAAGCUGGCGAUUUGUUGAAGGUGAACUGGGACGCUACUGGGAAAGCAACCGUCGGAAUGAUCAAACAUAUUUUACGAUCAGUGUACAUCAUAAAAUAAACCAUAGAUCAGUAGUCUCCAUGACCCAAGUAUCUUGCAAAGCAUGUGGACAAGCGUUAGUUUGGUUGAACCACGAUCUAAGCAGUGCCACAUUAGUUGAAUCAAAAUCUGAAUAUAUAACUUCUUUGGUGCACGAGAUUGCAUGGAAUGUUGCUCCAGGAAAACACACAAUUUGGAUAGAAAACUUGGAAGAUAAAUUAUUUCGAGUGAGUGCGGUGAUGGUUGGCUAUAAGGAAAUGCCAAAACAACUGAACUACAUGUACAGAAAUUGGUAGGGUGAUAUUUUAAGUAUUUGUGGCCAAAAAAAUUACUUGCAUGUUUGUAUUAACAGUAACCUAGUGAUUGCCUUAUUUUUUAAAUUUAUAUUAAUAUUUUUAUUGAUAUA